AAAGAACAAACACAAUAAUAGCAAAAAUCGCAUUGAUGAAUAAAAAAAAUCACCUCGAUCUCAACCGAAUAAAAUCAACAUUGGGGGCAGCUUGAGCUCUCAUCUCAUCCCAUCCCAUCCCAUCCCAUCCAUGGCGGAAACAAAAACCAAGUAUGCCGUGGUUACAGGAUCAAACAAAGGGAUAGGAUUCGAGAUUUGCAGGCAGCUGGCGUCACAAGGCGUGACGGUAGUGGUGACAGCCAGAGACGAGAAGAGAGGCCUCGAAGCUGUUGAAAAACUCAAAGGGCUUGGCCUUUCUGAUUUUGUCAUCUUUCAUCAGCUUGAUGUAACCGACCAACCAAGCAUCGCUUCUUUCGCUCAAUUCAUUCACUCCCGUUUCGGCAAGCUUGAUAUCUUGAUUAACAAUGCUGGGAUCGGUGGAACCCUGCUCGACGAUGAUGCUUUCCGAGCCUCGUCUGCGGCUGGUGGUGGUAGUGCUCAAAUAAAUUGGAAAGGGUUGUUGUGUGAGAACUACGAGUUAGCAUUAGCAUGUCUGCAAACAAACUAUUACGGCGCUAAACUCACUAUUGAAGCACUGCUUCCCUUACUCCAUCUCUCUGCUUCACCAACAAUUGUCAAUGUCUCAUCUGCAUCAGGCAAGCUCAAGUACGUAGGCAACGAGUGGGCCAAAGGGGUGCUCAAGGACGUCGAGAAUCUGACAGAAGAUAAAAUCGACGAGGUGGUGAAUGAGUUUCUGGGAGACAUGAAAGAGGGGUGUUUAGAAGCCAAAGAAUGGCCUCAGCUACUUGCUGCUUACACAGUCUCGAAAGCAGCCAUGAACGCCUACACGAGGCUUCUUGCCAAGAAGAAACCUGAUAUCCGGAUUAACAGCGUGUGCCCGGGAUAUGUUAAAACUGACCUCAACUACAGCACGGGGGUGCGGACAGUGGAACAAGGAGCAGAAUGUCCAGUGAUGGCUGCAUUGCUGCCAGAUGAUGGCCCUUCCGGCUUAUUCUUUGAUGAGAAGGAAAUCUCAUCUUUUGAGGAAUAAAUUUUUGUUAUAAUCUGUCAUUGCCAUGUUUUGCACCUUUACACCAACCAUUGUUGUCAUGUAACCCUCGGCAAUUGAUGUCUUUAUUUUAUUAGAGCA